AUGUCUUCUACGUCUCGCGUGUCCAUCUUAAUCAUCGCACUUUUAUGUUUGGACUGUUGUUAUACGGCCACGAUUCCGAGGCCGUUUGAUCCAAGAUUGUCAGAGGAAGUGAUUCUUUCGCCUAAGAAGAGACCGUUCUGCAACGCUUUCACUGGUUGUGGACGUAAAAGAUCACAAGCAACUCCUGGUAUGCCGAUGAAUGAGAUUGGAAGACAGCGCCAGUUUGUGGACGACGACGUCAUCGAAUCUCUAGUAGAUUCUGACAUGACCAUAGAUGAAUUAUCACGACAAAUAUUAUCAGAAGCCAAGCUGUGGGAGGCUAUUCAAGAAGCGAGCGCGGAGAUAGCAAGAAGAAAACAAAAGGAGAUGUACAAUUAA